AUGUUGAUUUCUGCCUUUUUUGUCAUCGCCAGCAGCAUUGGGGCCGCUACAGCGACCCCUGAGGCUCCAACUCUCACGUACCUCUUCCGUAUGAACCUCACUCUCAGUUCAACCAUCAACACCGGUCCAGGUCCAGCGGGAACCAGAUUGGCCAUUCCCAUAACCGGUGGCAGCUUGUCGGGCCCCAAAGGCGAAGGAACGGUCCUCCCUAUCGGAGCCGAUUUCGGUGCAAUCGAUGCUCUGGGGAAUUUCAACGUCGACGCGCACUCUGUGGUACAGAUGGAUGACGGAUCCUAUGUUUACAGUCACUCAGCUGGUCCUUUGAUCUCGGGAACUACUGCUUUGGAUAGACUCAAGUUUGAGACUGGAAGCAGCAAGUACUCUUGGCUUAACGAGAUUCUCGCUGUAGCUGUGACUGAUUUUCCGGGUCCCUGGGUAUCCCUUGAUGUUUGGCAGGUGAAGCCCCAUAGCGCAUAA